AUGACUUCAGCACAGCGUUUGAGAGAGUUAAUCAACGAGCGACUAACUGCUGCUGCUGAAGAAAUAUUCCGAGAUUUUCAAACAACUAUCUCAGAGUACGAAGAAGAGAUCAACCGUCAGCGCAGACUGCUGGAUAUCGUUUGGAAACCUGAAAUAAAACUACACAGAACAGAACUCCAACAGCAACAUGUCUGUAAGGAGGAGGAGGAGGAGGAGGAGAUUCUCCCCAACCAGCAGCUCUGUGACCAGGAGAGAAACUCAAGUCUGGACCAAGAGGAACCAGAGCCUCCACAGAUUAAAGAGGAACCAGAGCUUCUACAGAUUAAAGAGGAACAGGAGGAGCUCUGCACCAGUCUUGAGAUAGAACAGCUGGUACUGAAGGAGGAGACAGAAACCUUGAUGUGCACUCCUACUUGUGAGGAAAGUGAAGAUCAGACUUUGGACUUGAGUCCUGAUGAAACUCAGAUUACAACAGAGAAGGAACAACUUGUCAGCAUGUCAGUUAAAAGCUCUGUGAAACCUGAACCAGACAGUGACGACCAGCUCCUCUCUCACAACUCUCAUGUAGCUGAGAACCAAGAUCACGAAGGAGGCAAAUAUGGAGACCCAGGAUCAACUAGAAAUGAUCACACUAACAAUGAAGACAAGUCUACCACUUUAAAGAUUCACAGUAAUACUUUUACAGGGAAACAGCGUUUUAAAUGUGACACCUGUGGGAAAUCUUUUGCGUGCAAGUCCAAUUGGCGUAGACAUCUGAGAGUCCAUACAGGUGAGAAACCGUAUCCAUGUAACACCUGUGAGAAAAGAUUCUCUCAACCGGGUGCAUUAAAAGCGCAUCUAAGGGUCCACACAGGUGAGAAGCCGUAUCCAUGUGACACUUGUGAGAAAAGAUUCUCUGAACCAAACAAAUUAAAACUGCACAUGAGAACACACACAGGUGAGAAGCCGUAUGCAUGUGACACUUGUGGGAAAAGAUUCUCUCAGCCAGGUGCAUUAAACCUGCAUAUAAGAACACACACAGGUGAGAAGCCUUACCCCUGCAACACCUGUGACAAAAGUUUCCCUCAUCUGGGCACAUUAAACCUGCAUAUAAGAACACAUACAGGUGAGAAGCCUUACCCGUGCAACACCUGUGGGAAAAGUUUCCCUCAUCUGGGCACAUUAAAACAUCACAUGAGAAUCCACACGGGUGAGAAGCCAUACACUUGCAAAACUUGUGGGAGAGAGUUCAGACUUGGACAUAACUUGAAGAUCCAUAUGAAGACGCACGCAGUAGAAAAAGAUUCUGUCUGAUGACAAAGCUCAUAAGAAUUAAUUCAAAUGUAUUUGUAUUUCUGUAUUUACACUGAUAUUUAUUCAGCAGGUCACAAAUGAUUGUGGAAAAAAUAUAGACAGCUGUACUGUAUUGAAUAAGAUUUACGUUUGGUUUGACACUUGUAAAUAUUUGAAUAUUCACACCUUCUGGGCAUGCUUUAGUCCUAUUUGGGGGUUUUGUCAACUUUAAACCAAAAUAUGUACAGAGUA